AGCAAUUUGCUGACUGUUUUCAGCUCAUCCAGCUGGAACAAGAUGAUCCGGAGAGCUCUGUGAAGGUCCCGAAGUUUUUCUUCAGGUGCUCUUUCGCAUUUCUUGUGUACAAUGUUCUUGCCGUCGCGUCACUACAAUCAAUCUUCGUGAUCGCGGUGCCGGAUCCACGGCCUCUGGGAUCAAUCACAAGCGAGUUAUCGCCUGCUCUGGAACCCAGCAACAUGACCUCGUCCGCUGGUGCAUCAAGCUCUUCCGGAGGGAGCACCUCUCUGCCGAUGCCCAGCACUGACAGUAAGAAGAACUCCGACGGUGGUGCGAAAGUUGUGCCGGCACAGGACGACCAAGGUACGAAGAUCACGGCAGCAUCUUCAGCCUCCUCGAGCAGCAGUAGCAAGAGGCCCGCAGCAGAACUACAUGCUGGUGGACCACAAAAAAUUGGUUCAAGUACAGCCUCGUCCACCUCUACUUCUUCCUCCACAGCCACCUCUAGUUCAUCGUCCACGGCCAUCGGAGCAGUGCACCACGUUGCAAUCGAGCUGCAAGAAACGCCCGUGACGGGUCUGAGUGCCAACUCUUCGGAAACUGCGAAAUUUCUUGACAGGAGCGGGAGCUACGAUGUUGUUGACCCAGGCACGCCCGCUAACGAUAGUACAACUGCUGCUUCUGGCGGACGAGGACCGACUGCUCAGCUCAACCUGUUGGUCGAGAAACUUGACGCCCACGCCCGACAGUUUCUCCCCCCCUGGCUGCACCCCUACUUGAAUAAGGGCGACGUGAGCAAUUUCGCCACCUUCUGCGUGAUGCUUUUCGGACUGUGGCUGCAGGUUGUGUGGUUUGAGACGGACGAGCAACGGGAACAGAAUUACAUCCUCGCGUUCGGGCUCUUCGGUUUCGCGGGCGGGUUCACAAACUGGCUCGCGAUUAAAAUGCUGUUCGAACCGGUGUGUAAUUUACCGGGCUCCGGCGUGAUCCCAGCCCGAUUCAAGGAAAUUAGGACGGUUGUCAAGUCAACGAUCAUGAAAGCGUUUUUUGACGACGAGUACUCAUUUUGUUUCAAAUUCGACAGUUGUAUUCUUCCUCUUUUGAUGUAUCAUACGUACCAACAUAGAUUCAAAAUCGAACGACCACUAUUGCAUGCUUUUCAUCGCAUGACAGCACAUCCUUUCAAGAACACUCCACCAAAUAAAUCAGGUUCUUGAACUCCUACCUUAACACCCGGGUGCCGAAACUUCUGGAGCAGUUUGACAUCCCGAGCCUGCUGGACAAACCGGGGUUUGAGACGACGCUGAAGCAAAAGAUGGAGGAAGUGGCCGCGACGCCCGAGGGAAUGAUGCUCAACAUGAUCAAGCAAAUGUUUGGGGGUUCCUUCGACGGCCUCAUGCCCAUGCUGAAGCCGACCUUGGCCGCGCUCGCAAAAGAUCUGACCACGAAUCUGGACGUACUUUACGAAAAAAAAUUUUCGAAAAAUGAUCUCACGAACAACUACUAGAACUUGCGGUAUUUUCGGAUGUGCAUUUCUAUUUGUCAUACGAAAAUGCAGAACCUUAACGUUAAGCAUGAGAUGAAAACGCACACGCAGUAUUCCAUGAUGUAGCACCAAAUAAACACCAACCUUCUUUCAGGUCGGCAGUUUCUUGUCCGUGGAGCGUAUCAAGGUGGAGAUUGACCUGCUCAUGACAGAGAAACUGGAAUUGCUUUCCCCCGACCUCGUCAAGCGUUUGCUAGAGGAAAUGAUCAGGAAACAUCUCGGCUGGCUCGUGCUCUGGGGCAACAUUUUCGGUGGCGCGAUCGGGUUGUUUUCCCUCUGGAUGCAGAUACACUUUGACUUGACGCGGAGAUAGCACAACUUGCGCCUGCGCGACUCCCAUUUGAUGCGUGACAUGAUGAGCAACAACAAAACAGCACGACGUGAACGUGUUGCAACGUCCGAGUGGUCACGUCUUCCCGCGUGAUCAUAUGUAAUACGAGGCGCCAAUAAUGUAAUCCUCGAAGUAGCGCAAGCGCUCGUUAUGAAUAGAUAGAUAAAUUAUAU